AUGAAAAAGGUUUGGGACAGGAACGCGUGUGAGAAUGGGCAAAGCAAACAGCAGGGAGCAGGCCCGGUGGACUCGGCACCUUCUUUCGAGCACCUCCAGAGUACUGGUUCAGGAGAUAAGUUUGAUGAUAAGGCGCUUCCUGUUGGUGGAGCCCUAAGUGGGGCUGGUCAAAAUCUGCUGCUUACUCCGGCCAGUCUGCAGCUGGCCCAACUCCAGGCUCAGCUCACCUUGCACCGCCUCAAACUCGCCCAGAGCAGCAACACUGCUGCUGCUGCGACAGUCCUCAAUCAAGUCCUCUCCAAUGUGGCCAUGUCCCAGCCAUUAUUUAACCAGCUUAGGGGCCCCACCAUGCCCCAGGCUCCAGGGACAGGCUUUCCUUCCGCACCCAUAACCUUUCCCCCUCCGGCCAGUCCCCUAGGCACCCUGGUAGGGGGUGCGUUCACCCAGAACCACGCUGGGAUCCGAAUAAAUCACUAUGGAGGAGGUGGAAACAUGAACCAGAAUGCCAACUCGCAUGGGGAAUGUGGGAAUAAGGCCAGCAAAUUUCAGGCAACAUUUCUGGGUGGAACCACAGCAGGGGCCAGUAAAGCAAGUCAAGGAGGACAGUAUGGAGGCCCUGGUGGUCCCAAAGCCAACAGCCAAAACAACUACCAGAGAGACUUUUACUCUUCUGAGGGUCAAAUCCAGGACUCUGGCCAUACAGAACAAUGGAAAAACCCAACCAGCUUUCCCAUCUCUGGUAAACUGGAUGUAGGAACAGGUGUUGGGGGCAAUACAUGGACACCGUCCACUCAUGGAUUUAUCGGUCCACGAGCAGAACUGUACAAUCCUGAGGAGCCCACUGGUGACCCCAAGUUCAGCCCAGCAGGAGGCCUUGGUUUUUGCACUGCCGGUGGUCAGCAGGGGUUUCUAGGAUACCCACAACUACAGAAGGGUGAGGAGGGGAUGGGCAUGACGCUACAAGCACACCAGCUCAACGAUUAUCAUGGCGUCACACCAUCACACCUACCCCACCAGUGCGCCAUUUGUGAAAAGAAGGUUUACAACUUGAAGGACUGGGACCAGCAUGUGAAAGGCAAGUUGCAUAUACAGAAUUGCUCGCUGUACACCGACAGCCCUGCACUUGGAACGCUGCACUUUCCUGUCGCCUCGGAAGGAUGCCUGAGCUCCGCGUUGAAUAACACCACCAUGGCAUACUCGUCCACCGCUAGCCAAGAUGUUUCAACUGGAGGCUCUUCGUUUUUAGCAGCUGCACCUAUGAAGUCAUUUCCUCUCUCGGGGGCGGGAUUUACCUCACACCAAGCGGGGUCAAAGUUUGUGCCACGAAAGCCGGGACCUGGGCGCGUCGUCCACAUCUGUAACCUCCUAGAGGGCAGCUGCACCGAGAACGAUGUCAUUAACCUGGGCCUGCCCUUCGGCAAAGUCACCAACUACAUCCUCAUGCGCUCCACACACCAGGCUUUCCUGGAGAUGGCGUACGUGGAGGCGGCCCAGGCCAUGGUGCAGUACUACCAGCUCCAUCCGGCCACCAUCAACGACCAGAAGCUCCUCAUCCGCAUGUCCAAGAGAUACAAGGAGCUGCAGCUCAAGAAACCUGGUAAAGACGUGGAAUCCAUCAUCCAAGACAUCAACUCUCAGAGGGAGAGAGAGGAACUGCACGAGAUGGACCGGUAUCCUCCAGAGCGGACACGCUCACGCAGCCCCCUCACUCGCUCCCUGACUCCGCCCUCACACAGUCCCAGCUUCACCUCCUGCAGCUCCACUCACAGCCCCCAGGCGGCGCCCUGGAUAAACGGCAUUGGCCCACAGCGAGGGUCAUGGGAGUGGAUGCCACGUGACAGGGACGAGUGGCGGAACGAUGAGGACGACAGACCCAACGAGCGCAGAAAGCCCUACCUCACACCGGCAGACGAGCGCAGCAGGGACCGCUAUUUCUCCUCCCACCAUCCUGCCGACGAUUUCUAUAAGAAGGACAAGCUGUUGCGCCUGUCCCAGCACCAGAGACAUGAGGCGAAGUUCAAGAGGAGAGAUGGAGGCGGGGAUCAUCACAGGAGCAGACAUUCAGAAUCCGAGCCAACAGAGGACGGACGAGGCAGGAGGACGAGCAGGAGGCACGAGAGGGAGGAGAGAGAGGCUAACAAUCACAAAGAAUUCACAGAGCACCGAGCCAAAGACAGAUCAUCGUCUCCGAACAGCAGCAAACCCACAGAGCCCAGCGAGGGCGAGCAUGACCGAGAGAGCGAGGUGGAGGAGUGCGGAAGCGGGGACGACACAGAGGGCGAGUGCUGGUACCCGAAGUGCAUGGAGGAGCUUGUGACAGUAGACGAGGUGGGAGAAGAAGACGACUCGAUUGUCGAGCCCGAUCUCCCCGAAUUGCAGGAGGAGGAGCAUGAGGAGAAGGAGAAGGAAGAGGAGGAGCCUACACCGGCAAAGGAGGAGAAUCAGGAGUCGGUGCCUGCUCCGGAAGCUGUAACGGAAGAAACCUCAAGGUCAAAGGAGCCGGAGUGCACUGAAGCUCCGUCCUCUCACAUCUGCCUCUUCCCCAACCAAGAGUUUAAAAGUGCACUGGAGGAGACAGCAGAGCCGUGUGCAUCUCUGACGCACACCGUCGAAACACACACAGCCACAGCACAGGUCGCACCUGAGAGCAUGUCUGAGACGGAAAAUGUCACAGACACGCACACGGGGAGGACGAGUGAGGCUGAGAAGAAGGAGACACCGUCUGGGGAAAAGAACCAGAAAAGAGCAGUUCAGCAGACAUCACAGCCUGCGAGUUCGCCACAGAGGAUUGGCAUUGAAGCUCCAUCACCGUCACGGGAGCAGGAGAAGAUCAUCAGUGAACACAGCAUCCCGCUAGGUGUGGAGUUCAUCGUCCCCAGCACAGGCUUCUACUGCAAACUCUGCAGCCUUUUCUACACCUGCGAGGAGACGGCCAAGACCACGCACUGCCGGAGCACCGUUCACUACCGCAAUCUGCAGAAGUAUCUGUCUCAGCUGGCCGAGGAAAGUCUGCUGCACUUCCAUUCAGACGCAGAGUGAAACUGAAACAGCCUGAGACUUCAGUCGUGUGAGACUCACUCGCUCACUCACUCAGAGACAAGGAGGAGCACCAAACCAGGCCCGAGAGAAGGAACUUGUGUGAAAGAGAAAUGAUGCCGACUCGUGCAAACAUUCUGCACAUUGAAAGCAAACUUCAGAAAACUAUCACGUUUCCAUCAACUGCCGAAGAAGAGCGACGAGAUGACAUCGUCAGGACGGUGACGGAAAGACAGGAGCACGCACUUGUUACGUCAUCUCCGAUUCUGAAAACCUGUUUCCAAACAUCGCAUUUUCUAAUCAUCUCUUUAAUAGACCCCUUCGCAUGUUUGUAAACAAACCGAGCGUUGCCAGGAUGCGCGCGCAGCCUGGACCCAGAAACAAUGGCGCUGCCCAUAGACCGCCAUUAUGAGCUGUCAGAUUAUGUCAAACAAUUGUCGUUACAAGAUCGAGAACGCUACAUAAAUAAGUUAACUCUAACAAGUGGACAUCGCCUACCGGAUCCGUAUUUAAUUAAAGCGUGGACGGAUGAUGUUAGUAAGUUCCCUGGUAUACAAUGGCCAGAUAUAUACUCGUCCCUUAUUGACAAGACUUCAGUGUACACCCACGAAAAACUUCGUGCCUACAAGUCUUUAGACGCAUAUGAUUAUGUGCGGGCAUGUACGGAAUGUGUUUUACACUGAAAUUGUUUUAAUCAAAUUAUGCCAGUGAUGUGAUGGCAAUGUGGCUUUAGCUACAACAGCAAAUCCCAACACUAAACAGCAAUUUGCAGGAGGUAAUGGCAUGAAAGGAAUGAUAGUGUAAAGAGUGCAGCUAAGAGAAAUCAGAGCUGCGUAAAAAGCGAGAGGCAGAGAGCAGAAAUGAAACUGAACGGGGCGGGAGCUAGGUUAGGGCAGUCAGCAUAAGUUGGCAUUAAGGCCCAAUCCCAAUUCUAAUUUCUACCCCUACCCCUCCCCCUUCCCCUUGGCCCUUCCCCUUGAAACUGAGCUACAAGGGAUAGGGCUUGAAAUUCAACCCCUACGUACUGGGAUAGCCCUUCAACGAUCGCAUACGUCAUCGCGUACCUCCGUCAGCGUUUACGUUAGCAAAACGCGACCAAAUGCGUCAUUGGCUGCGACCAGCCGCUACAGUCAGAGCCAGAACCAGAGAUCUCUGCUGGCAGGGUGUGAUUUGUUAACUAACACCACUGAAUGGGAUAUCUUUGGCGCUUCGUGCACCACAUCCGACAGAAUGAGGUGUCAGAACACUCAUGUAAACAAUAAAAGCAAGAAUAACAGAACAAAACGUACGCAGUCAAGCAACCGAAAACAAUACUCACUCCCAAAGCUUUUUAGCAGCAGCUUGGAUUUCAGAAAUCGCUGCUCAUUCUCAGCUCGAAAGCGAAUCAAGCGGCGUGUUUCCUCUGGAUAACAACUUAAAACACGUAAAUAAUGGAGAAAAUACAUUUAUGACAAUCUUUCGCCGCGGGAACCGCCAUCUUUCUGAAAUCCGCAUGAAAUCUCGCUGAAAUCCGCAUGGCAUUGUGGGAAAUCACUCAAACCCCUUUGUUCGGAGUCAGCUCCAGGAAAAUCUCCGUUUGGAGGGGUACAGAAGCCCUACCCCUUCCCCUACCCCUCCGCAUUAACUGGGAUUGGGAUACCCCUACCCCUUCACGUGAACGCGCAAAAUGGAGGGGAAGGGCCAAGGGGUUGGUCCAAGGGGUGAAAUGGGAUUCGGCCUUAGAGUGAGGGCACGCAAUUUUACCUUUCCAUCCUUGCUUUAAAAUUGUGAUUUUCGGCGUACACAAAUAAUGACGGCACAAAAUCUGGACUGCUUGAGUCAAGCGAGACCUCUCCUACAAACAAAAUUGCAUGCAAAGCUAAGCUAACAUGCUAACAAUAUUCAUUACAUUGUGUAACUAUGACCCAGCUAAUCAGACAAACGUUACCAAAGUAUUUUGCUACAUCAAUAAACGAAGACUAGAAAGAAUAAAAAAGAAAGAUUUAAUAAAUAGCCUGAUCUUACCUGUGAUGAAGUGGGCGCUGCAUUUUUGAUGGUGCUUUCAUCCCAGUCUACACGUUUGAUGGCUUGUAGCCAUAGACGUCGGCGAUUUUUUUUUUUUUUUUUUGGAAUGGGUGAGAUCCUGCUGGAAUUCUGAACAUUUUAACCCCAUCACUGCUAUGAUUCUGACACCCGACAACACAACAACUAGGCAUCGCUGAGUCUUUUGUGGGUCCAGGCUGCGCGCGCAAUUUCUGCUUCCGUAUGAAUGUCGUUUACUGCGAAGGGGUCUAUACGGCACUUUUUACCUUUUAACUUCAUGGCUUUUUUUUUUUGCAUUUUUUCUUACGUUUUGAAAUUAAUAUGAAACAGUUGGAUGGAAACGACAGAAGUGGUUUUUGAGCGGUGCUGAAGGAAGCGCGGGUCUCUGAAUAAGGCCUGACUUGAAUGUGUAAAUUGUUGGCGAUAUGCUAAUUGUGCCCUGAAAGAAGCGAUCCGUUCACUAGAGCGUGCCUUUUCACGGUAAGUGAUCUUGUAAAGCUGGGUGUGAGCUGUGCUCUGAAUAACACCAAACAGAAAUACAACCCCGAUUCCGAAAAAGUUGGGACAAAGUACAAAUUGUCAAUAAAAACGGAAUGCGAUAAUUUACAAAUCUCAAAAACUGAUAUUGUAUUCACAAUAGAACACAGACAACAUAUCAAAUGUCGAAAGUGAGACAUUUUGAAAUUUCAUGACAGCAACACAUCUCAAAAAAGUUGGGACAGGGGCAAUAAGAGGCUGGAAAAGGUACAAAAAAGGAACAGCUGGAGGACCAAAUUGCAACUCGUUAGGUCAAUUGGCAAUAGGUCAUUAACAUGACUGGGUAUAAAAAGAGCAUCUUGGAGUGGCAGCGGCUCUCAGAAGUAAAGAUGGGAAGAGGAUCACCAAUCCCCCUAAUUCUGCGCCGACAAAUAGUGGAGCAAUAUCAGAAAGGAGUUCGACAGUGUAAAAUUGCAAAGAGUUUGAACAUAUCAUCAUCUACACUGCAUAAUAUCAUCAAAAGAUUCAGAGAAUCUGGAAGAAUCUCUGUGCGUAAGGGUCAAGGCCGGAAAACCAUACCGGGUGCCCGUGAUCUUCGGGCCCUUAGACGGCACUGCAUCACAUACAGGCAUGCUUCUGUAUUGGAAAUCACAAAAUGGGCUCAGGAAUAUUUCCAGAGAACAUUAUCUGUGAACACAAUUCACCGUGCCAUCCGCCGUUGCCAGCU